AUGAAGACUUACUAUGCUUUCGGAGCAAGGAGCCACAGCGCCGGUUCCGGCAGUCGCAGCUUCAACUCCCUCAACCUCGACACAUAUGGAAGUGAUUAUGGGCGCAGGAGCUUUUCCACCCGAAGCUAUGGGUACGGGUACGUGCCGCCGAUUUCGGUCAGCACCCGGAUGCAGGCGUCCUACCCUUCUGAACGGCAGAUUUUGGAAGACCCCUCCGCGUUGAUAUCAAAAUAUUGCCGCAGCCCAACUUUCUCUUCGAUUCCGACCACAAAAUCUUCCGGAAUCUCUGCCAUCUCCGAGCUAAAGGAGGUCAAGGAAAAAACCCCAGAAGUUUCAAGGCGAACUGAGUCUUAUUUGGAGCUACGCGAUUCCCCAAAUCUGCUAUCCCCACCCCUGAAAACUGAUAGGGCCACUUCCGCCUCAUUAGAGAUUCUUCCCCAAACUGACGAGGUCGAGGACUUGAAACGCCAGAAUCGAUUUUUGGAGGAGGAGGUGGCGAGGCUGAAGCUGUUGUUGAAAGAGAAGGAGCGGAUUGAGCAUGAGAUAAAAAGGAAACUCUUGGAAGUCGAGGCUGAGGCGAAAGUUUGGCGGAACAAGUGCGAGCAUUUACAGCCGAAGGUUAUACAGAUUACUGAGCCGUCCAUUGACCAGGAGCUGCUCGAGAAGUUGGACAGCGCGACGGACAAGCUGACAAAGCUGAACUUUGCUCAUGAUAUGAAGAUGCUGCAGAAUCAAAUGGAAACCGCGCUGCACGAGAUGUCCUCG